AUGUCCAAGUAUGUUCGAGACAUUCGGAAUAAACUCGAAUAUUACUACAAAAUUGCCCGCGUGAGAACUGACGAACAGAAGCAAAAAGCAAAAAUUCGCUUUGAUAGUAGAGUGUCACCCAAUUUACAAUCAUAUAAAGUUGGCGAUAAAGUCUUUGUGAAACAGUCUCAAAUUUCAAACAAACUUCAGAACAAAUUUGAUGGCCCAUUCGAAAUUACUCAAGUUUUUGAAAAUUCUGCGCUCCUUAAGAACCCGGAAACAAAUAGAAUAAGUAAAGUUAAUUUUGACAGACUGAAACCAUGUUUUGAGACUUAGUGAUCUUCCUUUGAAGAACCCGUGCUGAUUUGGGGAUAGAGGUGUUGAAUGGUUUUUCUGCAAUAAUGGAUUCAAAAACCUUGGACAAAACUGGCGAUAAGGAUAUUCCCCAGUAGUUCUUAAUGUCUUUUUGGAACCAGACUUAAAUAUCGGCACUAACCAAGAGUACUUCCAAAGAGCGGAAAAUUCACCUUUAUAAAAUGAAGGCUUGGAAGACGAUGAACAAUGGGGAAGCUAGUGAUUCACAGCAACUCUUUAGAAAUAGUGGUGGUAUCCUGUUUAAGUCUGUGCUUUUACUGGAAUCCAAGCUAGUAAGAUAAAUGGAGCAAUCUUAAAAACAAUUUGCUAAUCUGACAAUACUAUUAUAAUAGCUAUUAGUUUAGAGUGUCUCCAAGAACUGCUUUAUUCUAUGGAAAGCAUUAGACACCAGGUGGGACUAAAGUUUAAUGUUGCAAAAACAAAUUUCAUAUUUAUGCUUACCUUCAGAUUAAUUACAUAAACUCGAACAAGUAGCAUACUUCAAGUAUCUAGGAGGCUAUAUUAGUGAGCAACUUAAUUUUCUUUAUAUUGGAUUCAGUUAGGUAUGCUUUUGCAGAUUAAUAUAUGUGCCUAUGAUACAAUGUAAACAACUAACAACACAAACAUUAUUUGCAGAAAAAUAUUCAUACAAAGAUCUCUCUAGACUUUGUUUGACAGCGUUUCAGAACACCAAUAAGUACCCAUAUUUUAACAUUAAAUGUAACUAAUUAAUUUAACUUGAACUCACUUGAAGAUUAU